UCUUCAUUGAGUCUUCAACCAUGAUUGAUUGUCGACAUUGCGGAAUGAGGCAAAAUGGGAGCUGUGUAUGGCUUCUCGUGUGAUUGAAAACCACGCUCGAAUUGCCUGCAAGGGUUCUACCGUUUUCGUGGCUGGCGAUGCGGCAACAUCAUCGAUGCUUUUCUGAAAGAGGAAACAUCUCUCUCGACGUUACGACUCCGACCGCAUACACAGACACACACGCGCACCACGAUGGCGACGCCACAUCUUCUGGGCCUACCUCGAGAGAUCCGUGACAAGAUAUGGAGGUCGACGUUUGAAAAUGCACACGCGGUGCCUUCUCGAAGCAAGACUUUUUCCCUGGACUGCCACGCUUGUUCCGAAGAAGAAACGGACCGGCCGUCGGCUCCGUUGACGUGGAACCAAACUUUCGAACCUCUACUGACCUGCAAACAAAUCUACCACGAAGGUUAUACUACACUAAUGUCGAGCGUGGUGCUCGAGAUCCGAAACGGCAACCUCGACUUUUCCUCUUGGUUGACCUGGCCCCUCUCGCCCGUCAACCACAAGGUCCGACGCCUGGUGGUUUGGGCCCACGUCGACGGCGAGAACAACCGUCGGUGGAUCUCGACGGUCAAACUCAUCGGGACGGCCUUUCCGCGGUCGGAGAGCGUCGUGGUCAAGGCACACGUGCGCCCGGCCGAGGACCACGCGAGACUCGAGGAGGCCAUCGUCGUGGCCCUACCCGUCGUCCGACUCACCCGGAACAAAACGAGGCCGCCGGAAAUCCAGAUCGACCUUGGUUACAUGUACCACCGGGUCAUGUUUAGAUUUCUCCUCGGAAAAGCCGUCGAGGUCACCUCUCGCGAUCUGAUGGAGGAACACCGGCUCAUCCUCGACGACCUCAUCGAGGACGACGCGUUCGUCGAGGCGGCCCUGGACGAGGACCACGAAGACAUGCAGGCCAUGAUGGGGGCCCUGUGGAGGGUCUCACGGGUCUCGGGGGAACCGACGUGUGGUAGACUGGGGGAAAGGGCUCGCAGGAUAGCGGAGCGUCGGGCCUCCGAGGACGGGCAAGGGGACUCGAUUUUGUCUCACUGACCCAAACUCCGUGACACAGGGCGCCCCUCUCUUUGCGUGAUGUGUUGGCGCGGUCUUUUCUGGACCUUUGGGUAUCGGCCUUGACGGGGUCGAGUGGCGCUUCUUGUUUCUUUUUAAUCGACUCUCCCUGGAUGAAACGCUCCCAAAUGGAAAAGGGGGGGGAGAAACCAGACUCUUGAAAUCCCCGUGUCGGUGGUGAGCUACCAAUGCAAGAACCAAUUUUUCUAAUCCUUCUACUUUUUCUUGUUCCAGG